UGGUGCGGUAUGGAAUUCCUGUGAUUGUUAAGACUUAAUUACUUCCUACUUCAUGAACUAUUCAACUACGAUUCUUUGGUAAAUUCAAUACACGUAGAGGGAAAAGUAUUCUGAAAUGAAUUUGCAGUAGAAAGAUCCUCUUGAUGAUGUUUAGUUUUCAAAUGCAGUGUCACUUUUAGGGCUACGAUUAACCUUUGGGGCUCCAUGUGUCUUCAUUUUUUUAAUUUACAAAUGGAGAAGGAGACAUUUAUCAAUGUUCGACUCAUUGAAGAAUUUCUUCAGAGUCAGAAUAAUCUCAUGCCAAUAAGGUACUCCUACUCAAAACUUAGGCAGAUGACUAAUGAUUUCAAAGAAAAAUUAGGUGAAGGAGGCUAUGGUUCUGUAUACAAAGGAAAGCUUCAAAGCGGCAAUUUUGUUGCAAUAAAGAUGCUAGGUAAAUCUAAAGCAAAUGGGCAGGACUUUAUCCAUGAAGUUGGUACCAUAGGAAGGAUUCAUCAUGUUAAUAUUGUGCGACUCAUUGGGUUUUGUGCUGUUGGUCCAAAACGUGCACUAGUCUACGACUCCAUGCCUAAUGGUUCCCUUGACAAGUAUAUUCUUUCUCAACAGAAUCAUAAUUCCUUGAGUUGGGAAAAAAUGUUUGACAUUUCUUUAGGAAUUGCUCGUGGUAUUGAAUACUUGCAUCGAGGUUGUGACAUGCAAAUUCUCCAUUUUGACAUAAAACCUCACAACAUUCUUCUUGAUGAGAGUUUCACUCCAAAAGUUUCAGAUUUCGGGCUUGCUAAACUGUAUCCAACGAGUGACAUGGUUGUAUCUGUCACAGCAGCAAGAGGAACAAUAGGAUAUAUAGCACCAGAAUUGUUCUACAAAAAUAUCGGCGGCGUUUCCUAUAAAGCUGAUGUUUAUAGUUUUGGAAUGUUGCUAAUGGAAAUGGCUGGUAAAAGGAAGAACAAUGCAGUAGCAGAAAAUUCAAGCCAAAGUUAUUUCCCCUUUUGUGUGUAUGACCAAGUUCUUGAUGGGAAGGAAAUAGAGAUCGAAGAUGCCACAGCAGAUGAAAAGAAAAUGGUGAAGAAGAUAGUUAUGGUAGCAUUAUGGUGUAUACAAUUUAAUCCGAGGAACCGUCCUUCAAUGGAUGAAGUUGUGAAGAUCUUGAAGGAGAAUUAGAAUGCAUAGCCCCUGGGCUUUUCCUUUAUCCUGAAGAAACAUCGGUAAAGGAUGUUGGAGACAAUUCAACUUGGUCUGCAGGAUCAGUGGGAUGUACAGAAUCAACAAGUUCGACUGCUAAUGAAUCAUAAAAGGCC